CACGUUUGACCUGAUUUAAAAUCUCGUGUCGAAUCUGCCGCUGCUGCUUGACAGUCAGCAGAGCAAGAUGGCGGCGCCUGCGAAGCAGUAUGGGCUGGUCUUGCCACAGAAGAAAGGAGGGUUAAAGGCAGCAUCCCUGCAGAAACCCUCAGUGUUUGGAGAUGACUCCGAUGAAGAGACAACAGUUGGGGAGAGUCUGAAGAGAGAAGCCAUCAAAAAGAAGAUGAUGAAGCAGACACGUUUGGAGAUGCAGAAGGCCCUGGAAGAGGACAGCACUGUAUAUGACUACGAUGCUGUGUACGAUGACAUUCAAAAACAGAGAAGUGAAAGCAACAAAAAAGUUCUUGGAGGCGCAGACAAAAGGCCAAAGUAUAUCCACCAGUUAAUGAAGGCAGUCGAGGACCGAAAGAAAGAACAAGAACGGAGGGAAGAGAGGAAGAUCCAGAAGGAAAGAGAGGCAGAGGGAGAGAAGUUUGCAGAUAAAGACGCUUACGUCACCUCCGCCUACAAGCAAAAGCUUCUGGAGCAGAAGGAGGAACAGGAGAGAGAGGAGAGACAGGCACAGAUAGAAGCUGCUUUGGAUGUGAAGAAACAAAAAGACCUGAGUGGCUUCUACCGACACCUGCUCAAUCAGACAGUAGGAGAGGAGGAGAUACCAGAUCGCUCAGCAAACAACCCUCAAACUUCGAAGGUUCCAAAAGACACAGAGAGGACAUCACCUCUUCCUUCACCUACAUCCCAUGACAAUAUCGCAAGUUCAUGCAGCGACAGUGAGGAGCCACAUGAGCAGAAGUCUGGGUUCAGCAAGCUGGGUGCAGGCUCUACACACCCCAAACGCCAGUACAGACAGAGGUCGCCAUCGUCAGGAAGUGGAGAAGAUAAGGAGAAGGAAAGAGAGAGGGAGAGAGAGAGACAUAAGAAGAGUCACAGAGAUCAAGAUAGAGGGAGGGACAGAGAUAGAGACAGAGACAGGAACCGGGCAAAGGAAAGGGAUGACAGACAUGGAGGAAGAAGAGACGACAGGGAUAGAAGAAAGGACAGAGACAGAGGAAGAGAGGAUGACCGAAGUAGAGGCAGGGGGGAUAUAGAGAGGGAAGACAGGCAUGGGAAAAGGGCAAAGAGCCCGAAAGAAAGAGAGAGGGAUAAGAAUGGGGACAGAGAGAAGAGGAGGAAUCCAGCUGAGGAUGAGCGGAAGGACAAAGAUCGGGAAGAAGAGAAGGAGAGAAGGAAGGAGCAAGAGAAGGAGAAGACGGUGAAGAGGGAAGAAAAAGAACCAGAAAAGAAGGAAGAAGAUGGAGGAGAAGAGGGAAAGGAGAAAGAGGAAAUGGAGGAGAAGGUGAACAAGUUUGCAAAGCGCAGCACAGAUCAGACUGUGAGUUCAGCCAGAGAGCGGUACAUGGCCAGGCAGAUGGGACGCUCGGCCUGUAAGAGCUAUAUCGAGAAGGAGGAGGACUGAGAGCUGUCGGGCACACCACACACACACAUCCCUGAGCUGCACUCAAACUAUCAAUCAAGAGGAUACAACUCGUGUUACACUUUUUUUUUUCAAUAAAUCCCCUUAAAAUCAGGUUUCUUUCUUCUUUCUCAAAAGGUUUCCAAACUCCGAACCUGUUCCCCAAGCUAAAUGCCUCCUACUGAAAUACAUAGUUACCUGUGCCAAGGAGGUCAUGUUAUGUGUUAGUUUGUUCAUUGUGUUUAUAUGUAAGCAAGAUUACACAAAAACAUUUUAACAGAUUUCACCAAAACUUGGUUGAAGGAUGUGGUAUGGGUCAGGGAAGAAUCCAUUAAAUUCUGGUGUGCAUCUGGAUCGGGGGGCAGAUCCAGCGGUUUUUCACCAUUUUCUUAGGGAAUAAUUAAUGGAGCAUUUAGGGAACAGAUAUGGAUGAGUGUGUGAUUGGGCAGCUUGAUA